AUGCAACCAAUGCAACCCCUUGAGUUCUACUUCAAAAGCAGUGAGUUUCCGAAGACUUGGAAGAUACAAACUAAGUGCUUUGUGACCAAGACAGUAGAUGUCAUCAAGGAUAAGCCUGAGGCUCAAUGGUUCACAAGCCAUCCUCAGUUUCGACAUUUCUUCCACAUGCCAGAUGAAGAUAACCUGAAGCUCCAAGGGAUGUGGAUGUUACUCAUGUGCACCAUUUGUACUCCAGAAGAUGAUGUUGCAUGGUUUGCGGUUAAUGGUGUACCCAUCCGCUAUUCUAUGAGGGAGCAUGCCCUCAUCUCUGGCUUAAACUGCGGUGAUUAUCCACCAAACUACGAGAAGUUGGGGAGUUAUAAGUUUGUGGAUUAUUACUUCCAUGACAGAAAGAAGAUCACCAUCAGUGAUGUGAAGCAGAAGAUGUUGUCUAUGCCGCCGUGUCCAGAUAGAUUGAAGAUGACUGUCUUGUUUUUUCUUGGUCGGGUUAUCAGAGGAAAGCCGAAGGAUUGUGGACAUUUAGACCUCUUCAUAUUAAGGAUGGUGGACAAUUUAGAAGCUUGCAGAUCAUUUCCUUGGGGGUCGUCUAACAUUUGA